CACUCACCACGAGCAAGCAACACCGGUUUAUCGUUUUUGAAAUCGAUGAAAACAUUUUUUAUGAGCGCCGUUGGUCAGCUUUGAUCGAUCUCAAAGAUAUUUGUAGUAUACAAGUGUUUUUGACUUGUUGAUCGAAUCGACAGCAUGUCGGAUUUGCCGAACAAAAGGCCCAAGCCCGGGGACGACGAGGAAGACCUGUUGCGCAUGCAGCAAGAGUUUCUCGACAAGAAGCUUACUCCCAGUGCCAAGGUAGUAGGUACGAGCAAGAAACAGUCGAAGUUCGCCCAAAAGAGAGAGAAUGAGAAUGAAAAAAAAAGAAUAUCCACCAGUCAGGGUGCUGGCUGCGUUACAAAUGAUGACAUCGAUAUGGACAAGUUGGAUGAUACCCCAACACAAAGAAUCGAUCCUGUCAAUAGGUAUUACGAUUUAAAAAAUACUCACCUGAUACUUGGUAACAUUGUUGAGCGCAAAGUCGAUUUAGCUAGCUUCAAUUCGUUUCUUCCUGAUUCAAAUUCUAAUAAGCCAAAAGAGCAGGCAACCGAUGAUCAUAAACUUACUGAAUUGAGUAAAAUGUCUGCUAGUAAUGUCGUCACUGGUGCAUUGGCCGAAGAUGUACACAGCGAGAAUCUUGAAAAACUCAAACAAAUGAGCAACGAAGAAAUAUUAGCUGAAAAAAAAAAUCUCGAAGCUACUCUCAGCGCAGAAACAUUAGCUUUCAUAAAAUCUAUGAGGAAUGCCAAAAAUAAAUGUAAAGAUACUAUUCUGGAGAUGUGUAAAAAAGAUCUGGACUCUGCCAAAGCUUGCAGUAGUAGUGUCGAAGAUAAGGUCAGUGAUUCAAACGCUGAAUUACCAAUGGACUCUGAAAACAGUGAGACACUUUCAGGUAAAAUGGAAGUUGAUUUGGAAGAAGGGUUGAAAGAAUUACCAAAGCCGGUGGUUGAAAUAGUAAAAACAGCCGAGAAAAAAGGCUGGGUGCACAUGGACGAACCCGAGCCGGAAAAGGUUCAGUGGAUGGAAGAUCUCGCCGAGAAGAAGGCUCAAGCCCCGGCACCGGACGAGCCCUACAACGCUCGAUUCGAUUUCAACGGCCUGCUGCUGCCGUUCAACGACGACGCGGUGACGGUCGACCGGGGUCUGCAUCAUCACGGCGAGGAGCCCGAGCGACCGGGCUACGCGCUGCAGGAGCUGCUGCAGCUCACGCGCUCGGCCAAUCAGCAGCAGCGCGUCAUGGCCCUGACGACGCUGGCCAACAUACUGGAGAAGACGCACACGGGCAUGUACGAUCGCGCCCUGCAGCCGCCGCUGUUCGACACGCUGAACCAGCGCAACCUGCUGCUGCUGCUGCGCUUCGCGCUCGACGACUCGGCGGUGCCCGUGGUCACGGCGGCGCUGCUCGCCCUGCGCGGCUUCCUCUUCAGCGAGACCGACGAGAUCUGCCUGGACAAGAUGUACGGACUGAUGGACGACUUCGAGGAGCCGACCCUCAAGCCGUCGAUGGGCGACGUACGGGACACGGAGAGCCUCAAGGAUCACGAGCUCGCUCAACUGGACACGGUGGCAGCCGCGAUGCGCUCCGACAUACUUUUGAGAAUAAGGUACAUCCUGAGUCAGAUGAAAAUACCGCUGUCCGGCAUGAGCGCCGCCUUGGAAAUACUGACGAGAAUGGCGAGGCACUCGCACGAGACGGCCCUGAACAUCGCCUGCACGCCCGAUCUCUUGGACGUCGUAGUCACGAAAUGCAUACCCCUGACGAUGAACCAGCACGAGAUGAAUCGAGACUCCGGCCGUGAAUUCGGCUGCCCACUGGUCGCCGCGAUCCGUCUGUGCCGCGUCCUCGUGAUCCACGCCGGUCGUCCGGCCCUCGAGCGGCUGAAAAAUCUGCGCAUCCUGCACUCGCUGCUCGCCUACGUCUACAGCGAUCCGAAUCGCCAGAUCGUCCGGCUGCACAUCGAGAGUCUGCGGCUGUGGCGUCUGUUUCUGCAUCACGGCUACGAGCGCGACAGCGUCGUGGGCUCGAGGAUCGUCCUCAUUGGCCAGCUGCGCCUGCUGGCCUGCAAUCAGGACCUGGAGCAGGCCUCGCCGCUCGCCUGCGACUACGCCGCGGCCGUGGUGGCCCUGGCCAGGUACGACGAGCCCCUCAAGGAGCACGUGGUCGUGCUGCUGGCCAAGUGGAGCACGCAGCUCGCCAAGCUUAAGGAGGCGACCUGGAAUCAGACAGUGCUUGUAGCCGAGUGUCUGAGAGCUCUGGACAACGUCGGUUUCAUGGUCCGCUCCUGGAUGAAGAAACAUCACGUUUUUCAUCACAUGAGCACGUCGUCGAAUCUGCUGAGCGGCCUCGAUCCGGCAGCGCAACGGGAUCCUUCGUCUCUACCCAGUCUCGGCGUCAUGACCUACGAGGGUAAACUACAACCCAUCGUGAACCCGAAAUCCAAGAUAUACUUCCUCAAGACUUGUCUCGAGCUCUUCCUCAAGCACGACUGCACCGCCGAGAUCGAGCAGAUAUUCGACAACAUGAACUUCAAGAAUUACCUGAAACGCCUGACGAGCAAGACGUGGUCGCUCGAGCGCUCCUGGUUCACGCGCGUCGAGUACUCGUUCCUGCUGACGAUCAUCCAGGCCGAGGCUCGGCUCAAGUGCGCCGAGAAGUACGAGAUCAACGAGCUCGUCUGGCGCUGCGCGAUCAAGCUCGUGUCGGCGCUGCCGGCCGACUGCGCCAGCAACGUGCGCGACAUCCUCGUGUUCAGUCUGGCGCCCGAGCGCAUCGAUCUGCGCUUCCUCGAGCACGGCUUGCAGCGGCUCGAUCUCCAACAGCAGCAACAGCAGCAACAGGAAACAAGUAGCACAAGCAGCAGCAGCAGCCAGGAAAAUCCGAGCCUGGCUUGCAAGCUCUACGACAAAUUCGUCGCGCGCAGAGGCAGCUGGUCGGAGGCCGCGAUGCCCAAGGACUGGGUCUACCUGCCUCUGAUCGACUCAUACUCGAGGAUACGCGAGGACAAGGCCUGGCGGCCCUCGAGCACCGUCGACAUACUGAAUCUGCUCAAGCUUGAGUCGGUGAUGCCGGAGCUCACCCAGGAUCUCUCGCCGACUUUGAGAUUUAGCCGGCUGGUGCUGCUCUACCUGUGCGACACCGCCUUCAUUUUACCGCCCGAGAACGAGCUACCCUCGCGCAUGAUUGCUCAACUAGUGCGAGAGCACUACAAGGAGAUCGAUCUCGCCGGCGACGUGCCCGGCCUGACCUCGUUCGCCGAUCUGUUCACGGUGCUCUGCGAGGGCUUCAUCGCCAAUUCCUACGGCCAGGCGUGCUUCGCCCAGGCCCUCUGCGUUUUCUUGGCCCAACGCCAGCUGGCCCACUAUCGCAAGCUGCUCUGGUCCGAGCACGCGGGCGCUCUGCGCUACAUCGGCCUGACGCCCCAGCAGUUGCUGCUGCCCUACGACGAGUAUCUGUAUCCGGUCGAGCGCGACGUCAGCUUGAUCGACUCGUACAUCACGGCGCUGGUGCGCGACACCGUGAGGCCCGAGCAGUCGCCGGCGCUCUACAACGUCGCCCUGCAUCACGCGGCCAUGUUCCUGAAGCGCGCCGAGGAGGGUGGGGAGGAGGAUAAUGUCGCCCUGGCGAGGAGGCGAAGCGUCGAGAAGAUGCUGGCCCAGGAGAGGACGCGAGACUUGGCGGAAAAGUUGCUGAACUACAAUCCACCGAUUCUCGCGCAGGUACAGCAUUGAUUUUGAUAAUACCUUUAUUUUUUUUUUUGUAUAUCUUUAUAUACAUGUGUAAAUAAAACUAGAGUAGUCCACGUAAAGAUUAGAUUGUCAUAUUUCAUAAAAAAAUGUGUAAAAAAAUAGAAAUAAAGAAAAGACUUAUACAUCAAGUUGAAUACCUUUUCUUUUUCAAAUCUAUCAUCUUUCCAGUAAUAGGUAAAGA